GACCUCCGUAUAGGAGAGAGUAUAUUAUGACCUAAAUUCGGUUUGUUGGUAUUUCGGAUAGGCCUAUAUUGUGCAGCUGGAGUCUCUUUGGCAAGGAGGGUAAUAUCGUGAUCGGCGACGUGAAAUAUAUUCAGAAAUGAAGUUUAUAGCGAUCAUCGUUGUCGCCAUCUUGGGAAACCUUUCUUCCAGUGCAGAGGGUACUAGCUGCCGCCGUCCGAGACAUUUACGGAAUGGGCGUUAUGAAUAUCAAGAUGGUGAUGACUACGGAUCAACGCAUCUUCCUUGGAACUACGUCAUUCGUGUGGUUUGUGAGCCUGGCUCUUCGCUCGUCGGAGAUGAGUUCAUUAUCUGCCAAAACAAUGGAAAGUGGAGUGAUUAUCCAUACUGCCAUGCACCCAUAGUGUGUUCUCCACCACCGAGUCUCAUCAACGGAUAUGUGCGCAUGCGCGGAAGGUCUGCACGAAGUAUUGCCGUGUAUCGUUGCAACCCAGGGUACGAGCUUCAUGGAAGACGGACUGUAGUCUGCGACGGGGCUACUGGAAGAUGGCGGGGAGAUGUCCCGCACUGUUUUGGCCCUCCUUCAUGCCGUGACCCCGGUGAACUAUCCGGGAUGCUAGCAUUGACUCUUGACGAUGACUCUGGAGUCAAACACGGUGAUCUCUACACAGAACACACAUUGUUCAACUAUGCCUGUCAACCAGGAUACUACUUAACCGCUGACGUCACAAUCACGUGCCAGAAUGGCAUAUGGAUUGCAGAUGCUGAUUUACCAGAAUGCAAUAGGAUCACCUGUACUCCACCAUCCCUAGCUCCUACAAUGAAUGGUGCACACAACAUUGAAAAUAGGACCUACUAUGUUGGAGAGAUGGUGCAAUAUGAAUGUAACGAAGGCUACCUUGUUGAUGGAAUUAGCUGGCAGGUUUGUCAGAGUGAUGGUGGCCCUAAUGGAGUAUGGUCCGAUAAUGUACCAACCUGCAAAGAGGCAAGGUGUCCUGAUCCAGGCCGCAAUCACCUUGACAGAGGAACAAUAUCUUUCUCACCGAAUGAUGGACGAGGGGCCACUAAUUCUUGGCCAGUAGGGACAGUAAUGAGUCUCAGAUGCCCUUCACAUCUAGAGCUUCUGGGUUCAAGUGAGAGGGUAUGUCAAUCUGAUGGUCACUGGAGCGGCACUUUGACGUCAUGCAACAGUGAAGAUUACCACUGUCCAGCCCUUGGAAACCCUGUACAUGGAUUUAAAGUCCAAACCCCGCAGUACAGAGUAAACACCAACGUUUCUUUUCGAUGUUACCGAGGGUAUGACAUGGUUGGUUCGCAAGAGAGGAUGUGCACGUUUUCUGGAGAAUGGACCGGAGAGAUGCCAAGGUGUAUGGGUCGUGAUGAGUUUGACGAAUUCAGUCGAGUGACAAAUGGUCUCGGAAAGACGUUUGACGAAAUAUCCAUCGACGGAGGACUUAAUAAUAACACUUCUUCGGACCCUGAUAGUCGCAGAAAGCGGGACAUCGAUCUAUCCAGCUCAUCUGCCCUGGAUAUCUAUUUUGCCUUUGAUGCAUCGAAAAGUGUUGGUCUUCCGAACUUUGAGAGGGGCAAAAGGUUUGCAAAGCUUCUUGUGAACAAGCUGGGCGUGAACAUAUCUCCUGACGGAACCCGAGUCGGAGCCGUGUUCUAUUCGUCAACAUCUACCAAGGCUUUCAACGUCAACCAAUACGGAUCGGCAGAAGAGGUGACGUCAGCCAUCAAUGCCCUCAUACACUACAAAAAUGAAGGGACAAACUUACCUGCAGCUCUUGCGGACAUCGCGUUCAUGUUGGCUGAAACUCUCCAUACCACGGCACCCAACACCCGAAAGGUUCUCUUCAUCAUCACUGAUGGAUUUAGUAAUGUUGGUGGUGCGCCAUCGCAACACGCUCUUACCCUUAAACAUGACUUCGACAUGAAGAUACACUGCAUAGGAAUUAGUCAUAAAACGGAUAAGAAAGCACUUGCCGAAAUCGCAUCUCUGCCUGUCAACGAACACGUCUUUUAUCUCUCGGAUUAUGUUGAGCUCGAUGAGGCAAUAGAUGUCAUCACAAAUUCCAACAGAUCCUAUGACGAGUGUGGCAGAUCUGGAACUGAUGUCGGCGGGGCAUCUCGAAUUGUGGGCGGGGUCAAAGCUAAGUCGGGGGCCUGGCCUUGGCAGGCUGCUCUCUAUAAAACGACAGAAAAUGAUAUACAUUGUGGUGGCUCUUUGAUCAGGAAGAAUUGGGUUCUGACAGCAGCUCACUGCUUUCGUGGUCUGUUCUCACUUACCAAGGAUACUACUGCAGUUUACCUAGGGCUAACGGAUAGAUACGGCGACCAAGCGAGAGCCCAGAAGUUUGAUGUCGAAAAACUCAUCAUGCAUCCGAAUUACACUGUCGAACGACUUGCCCAUCAUAACGACAUCGCUCUGCUCCGGUUGGAUCGAGAGGCAGAACUCAACCCAUACGUGCGAACCGUCUGUCUUCCUCCGAGUUCUAUAACAAAUCGAUUUAAAGCCAACUGGUACUUGGAUGUCCAGAGAGUAGCCACUGUCACUGGCUGGGGUCACACUGAAAUCCUCGAAAACAACUGGGACCGCAUCGUCCCGACGAAGGAUCUCCAGGAAGUCAGCCUGCCCUUGAUUUCACCAAUGGCCUGUCGAACAGCGAUGCAGAGCUAUGGUGUCCCUGUCAACACUACCACCGAGUUCUGCGCAGGAACUGGCCGAGGGAAGGAUUCCUGCAAGGUGGACUCUGGAGGUCCUGUGGUCGUGAGUCGAAACAGUAUCUACAGGCAGAUCGGCAUCGUGAGUUACGGCAUUGGAUGUGGACUGGACAACACCUUCGGCGCCUACACAAGGCUCCCUAACUUUGUUGACUGGGUGGAAAAGACAAUUCAAGAGAAUCAGUGAUAGUUUUUGUUUUCUUUGAAAUGGAAGGUGCAAAGAUCCGACCGUGAUCUGUUUGUGUUUUGUCUUGAUAAGUGUGUCACUUCAACUCUUGGUGUAAAAGCGAAUACAUUUCUUUAUCUACUUAUAAUUACAGGAACAGAUUCCAGACAAUGGCAGUUAAUCUCGAUAUGUAUAUACAUGUAUAUAUAAAAUUUGAUUUUUUAAUUGAAUUUAUAUUCACAUCUCCAUUCAAAACAUAUGUAAACAAAGCAUAAUAAAUAUAAUUUUAAGUACAUGUACAUUAACACAUAAUAAAAAGAUUAGAUGAUUCCUCAUUCACGCA